UGCCAAAGAAACUCAGUACACCUGCUCCCUCUUGGGGGCGGGGUUAAAACAGGUUGUGGCCGCCAUGUUGGUGAAGUCAAACGAAGGCGACUAGAGCUCCAGGAGGGCCCGUUCUGUGGCCUUUAGUCCUCCAUAUUAAUAAAGAGAAACGGAAGGCUGACCCUCCCUCGCCUCCGCCCCCACAUACACACCCCUUCUUCCCACUCGGCUCUCACGACUAAUCUCUCACGAUUAAGGCCCGCCUGCCUCGAUUGUCCAGCCUCUGCCAAAAGGAAGCUUAGCAGCCAGCGCCUCAGUAGAGACCUAAGGGCGCUGAAUGAGUGGGGAAGGGAAAUGCCGACCAAUUGCGCCGCGGCGGGCUGUGCCACUACCUACAACAAGCACAUUAACAUCAGCUUCCACAGGUUUCCUUUGGAUCCUAAAAGAAGAAAAGAAUGGGUUCGCCUGGUUAGGCGCAAAAAUUUUGUGCCAGGAAAACACACUUUUCUUUGUUCAAAGCACUUUGAAGCCUCCUGUUUUGACCUAACAGGACAAACACGACGACUUAAAAUGGAUGCUGUUCCAACCAUUUUUGAUUUUUGUACCCAUAUAAAGUCUAUGAAACUCAAGUCAAGGAAUCUUCUGAAGAAAAAUAGCAGUUGUUCUCCAGCCGGACCAUCUAAUUUAAAAUCAAACAUUAGUAGUCAGCAAGUACUACUUGAACACAGUUAUGCCUUUAGGAAUCCUAUGGAGGCAAAAAAGAGGAUAAUUAAACUGGAAAAAGAAAUAGCGAGCUUAAGAAGAAAAAUGAAAACUUGCCUACAAAAAGAACGCAGAGCUACUCGAAGAUGGAUCAAAGCCACAUGUUUGGUAAAGAAUUUAGAAGCAAAUAAUGUAUUACCUAAAGGUACAUCAGAACACAUUUUACCAACUGCCUUAAGAAGUCUACCUUUGGAAGAGUUUAAGCUCCUUGAACAAGAUCAGCAAGAUAAAACACUGCCAAGUAUAAAUCUAAAACAGACCAAGAGUACCUUCAUUUAAGUUUAGCUUGCACAGAGCUUGAUGCCUAUCCUUCAUUCUCUUCAGAGCUGUUUACGAUUGCAUUUGCUUGGAUCCUAGCAACAAUUCUUUUACAGUAUUAGCACUCUUUUUACUAAGGAAUGCCUCCCAACGAAAUGCAAAGGUAGGAAAAAGUCUCUUAUAAUUCCCAUGAGGUAUUUAAAACAGGUAUUUAUGAAAAUCUUUUUGUGGAUGUUAUAAAUCUUGCUAGUUAUUUUAUCUUAAGUAUUGGAUAUAGUUCCUUGGAAUUGUCAUUAUGUAUUUAUUUUUUUCUAGUAUGGCUUCAAAUAACUUUUCACCAGCAUGUAAUUUACUGACCGUAUCUACUUUAUAACUCAAAAUAAAUUGGACAAAUAAUCUUCUGAAUAAAAACUACUUUUUCCAAAUAUAACCACUCUCAUGUGGUUCACCCUUCACCCCUGCUACAGAACACUUAUUUAUGUAGCCCAGUUCCCAUCUACAAUAGUAUCUUGAAAUUUUGAUAAAUUUUUUAAAUCAUAAAAAUAAAAUAUUGUAAAAUACAACAACCUUUUGACGAGGUUACUUCAUCUUAAUUCAUUAUUACGUGACAGUAUUAAAUAAACUACUACUCAGUAAUUGUAAACUAUUCUGUUUUAUCUGUCAUUUUCAUGUUACUGUCCUGAUAACUUCCUCCAAACUCUUCCCAUCAAAUUGUUUUAUUACCAUACAUUUGUCUGCCUUAAAACUGCUUCAUUCACAGAGAAUAACCUAAAAGGAGUCUGUUAAAAUCCUGUUUUCAGUUUGAUGGAUUUUUUUUUUAUCACUCUGACCAUAAAACUAACUGAAAUUAUAAUAGCUUUUUUCCUCUGCUAGUCACAACACAGAUCUUCUGUUCAUUUGUUCUCUGUCUACUGGGCACCAGCCUCUACAAAGAACCAGCCAAAGGCUAGGUACUUGAUAUAAAAAUGAUGCCAUAAAAGAAAUAGAUAUAACGUCCUUUGAUAAAUGCUGUUGAAUUGGAAUUCAAUAAAAACUUUAAACCGUAGACCUUUUCAUAAUCAAAUAUUUUUGUUUUGAGACAAAACAGAUUCCUCCUUAUAUUGACUUAGCAAAGGAGAUACAAGGACAUUAGCAUUUGACCUGAAUUAUGGUUUUUUAUUGAAUGAGUUGUAAGACAACAUUUUUACUGUUUAAAAUGAACACUGAACAAAUUUGUUAUUAAUGGUAUCUUUGUUAAAAGUAAAACAUAGCUCUAAAUAAAAUACUAUAUGAAAACCCAGUACUGGAGUUCAUUUGAAAUUUGCUGUAACAAACCUAUUAACACAGAUUUUUUAAAUAACUCAGAAUCUUAUAAAGCACUUCAGUACUUAUUUGUCCUCUUUUUCCUUACAAACAUUCUGUGUGGUAGGUGGUAUUAUCUCUGAUUUACACAUGAAGACCUCUUUGUUAAUCUAAUUUAUUUAUUCAUUCUGGCAUUGACUAUGUGCCAACUUACACAAGGAAUAGAAAUGUCUAGAUAAUAAUAAAUGUCUAGAUAAUAAAUGUGAUCUAGACAGUUCUAGAUUGAACAUAGGUCUCCUGCCAACAAAUCCUCUCUGCUGUUCACAUUACUCUUUAUUUAACAUAUGAACCAGUUUACUAAAAUAGAGCAAAUCAUGUGUCUUAAAACAUGAAAAUAGUAAAGUCUUUGGGGUCACUUGAUCUUUUCUAGGUAGGCUUUAUAAUGUUGUGUUUUAUCUCAUUUCUCAAUGUUAGAAUACGGGUAGAUUUAAUUUUGCUAUAUAGGAAAUGGUUCAUCUUUGUACCAAAAUAUUGGAUUCUUCUGAUAUUUAGACAGUUGUAAACUUUCUAAAAUUAGGAUUUUGUAGUGUAUA